CGUGUGCUGUUCGGGGCCAUUCUGGUCAUCGCGGCGGUAAUCGUUGUGUCCAAAGCGCGGUGGGGAGAAGGCACCGGUAAAUUCGGCAACUUCGGAAAAGAUGACCAUGGGGGCUGGUGGGGCGCCACGUUUGACCAGAAGGUUGGAGUGGGCCAUGCACUGGAGGAUUCUGGAUUUAUGCCGCAAGCCUGGAAACCAGAGUAUAAAGGCCGAGCUAAUUUGCAUGUGUUUGAGGACUGGUGCGGCAGCUCCACGGACGGGCUACGUCGCAACCUGCACUACCCACUGUACCCUCACUCAAGGACCACAGUGCACAAGCUCGCCGUCUCGCCGCAGUGGACCAACUAUGGGCUCCGGAUCUUCGGUUAUUUACAUCCUUACACCGACGGAGAGUUUGUGUUCUCCCUGAGCUCUGACGAUAACUCCGAAUUCUGGCUCAGCACGGAUGAGUCUCCCUCCAAUCUGCGGUUACUCGCAUGGGUUGGAAAGACUGGGUCUGAGUGGACAGCCCCAGGCGAGUUUGAGAAGUAUACCAGUCAGAUCUGCAAAGCAACUCGGCUUUCUGCUCAUAGGCGAUACUUUUUCGAAGUGAUCCACAAGCAGAAUGACAAAGGCACUGACCACGUGGAAGUGGCUUGGAAGCUGUUGGAUGAGGAUUCCAGGUUUAUGGUCAUCGAGUCCAAGUACAUCUCUCUCUAUGCCAAUGAAUCAGCACUGCUUAUGAACGACGUUGCGCACAUCCCACAGACGGCCGCGAGCCACCGUGAUUCCGUGAAGCGCGACGCCGCCACGAUAGACCUGCUGUGGGAAGACCCCAGAGACGCUCUUCACCAAGUGCCUUUGAUCGACGACAGUUUCCUGCAAGGCAUUCUGCCCAGCUGCGAAUACAAGCCCAGCUACACUAUCAAAGACUACCCCCUCACUCGAUACCAGGGACUCCAGUUUGUCCACAUGUCCUACGUAUAUCCCAACGACUACACUCGACUGACACAUAUGGAAGGAGCGGACAGCUGCUUCUACCCCGAGAAACCCAACCACAUGAAGACGUCUGGAGUUUCUCGAUAUAUGAGACUAGAUCCACCUGAUGAGCUGAAAAAGAAAAACACACCCAUUGGGGAACCAGGAAGAGACAAGGCCCUCACCUCGGCACACGUGGUUGACAAAAAGGUGGACUGGAGUCAGACUUUCCAGGUCUUUCACGUGGACCUGCAUGCUAAGCGCACCAACAAUCUUGACCUGCGCUGCAACAUCUCGGGAAACCUGCUGCUGCACUCCAGCGACGCGCUGCCCGUCGUCACAGCUUUUUUGGCUCAACUCAACAAGAACCACGGAGACCUCUUCAAACUGUUGCGUGUGGUUAACGUGGAAAAGCAUUUAGAUGGCACCCAGGGCAGCCGCUACCUCCUGGAACUGGAGCUGAAGGACGCCCAGGGCCAACCGCUGCGCCUGUCGCACUACAUCUACACCCCGAUACGCCGUCACACGCGCAGCCAGGACCUGGACUCCCAGCGGUCCAAACCUCAGCUGGUGCUGUGCAACCCAAUCGGCUUCCGCUGGAACCCCGUGGCCAUGAUCCAUUUCAUCGUGCCAGUAAGAAACCAGGCUCGCUGGGUACAGCGGCUCAUCGACGACAUGGCGGGCUUGUUCAAGGCGACGGGUGACACCAACUUUAACCUCAUCAUCGUUGACUAUAACAGCACCGAUAUGGAUGUGAGAGCAGCCCUCAAGAAGUCCUCCCUGCCCAGGUACCAGUAUGUGAAGCUGAGUGGCAACUUUGAGCGCUCCGCUGGUCUCCAAGCAGGCGUCAACCUAAUAGAUGACGACCACAGCAUUGUGUUUCUUUGCGACCUCCACAUCCAUUUCCCUCCCUCCAUCAUGGAUAGCAUUCGGAAACACUGUGUAGAGGGAUUCAUGGCUUUUGCGCCCGUGCUUAUGAGGCUGGACUGCGGGGCAACUCCAUUGGAAGGCAGAGGUUAUUGGGAGGUUCACGGCUUUGGCUUACUGGGCAUCUAUAAGUCUGAUCUGGAUGCGGUGGGAGGAAUGAACACCAAAGAGUUCACCGACCGCUGGGGAGGGGAAGACUGGGAGCUCCUCGACCGGAUACUCCAGGCCGGACUAGAGGUGGAGCGGAUCCACCUGCGCAACUUCUUCCACCACUACCACUCCAAGCGCGGCAUGUGGAACCAUCGCAUGUCAUCCGGUCCAAGCUGACCCGAUCAAAACCUAUUCGAGGACCGCCCAGAGACUUUAACAGCCUCCUGCUUUCCAAUUUUCAUGACUACUAAUCAGCACAACAGGGUGGCACAGGGUGACCAGUGAAGGUCAUCGCCACGUCGAUGGUACUGAUAACAUCAGAGUUGUUUUCACUGGAUGUACGACAGAGGAAGGUACUCGCCAACUUAGGUUCGACUCAGUAUGCAAGCGCGUAAAUGUCGGUGUAGUGUAUGUCGCCGUCUGCAAUAUACUCUACCGGAAGCAUCACUCCAUGGAUAAAUACACAUAAAUGUCUUAAAUCUUAAAUUCAUGUUAAUCUCAACUGGAAAAGUUGGGAGUGUAGGGUUCUGUGAAAUUUUCAAUUUUUGGCAGCAGAUAGUGUACAUAAUGAUUUAAAUUAUGGAAAAUUUAACUUUUUUCGUUUUUUAAAGUGCAUCGCUCAAUGUAUCUCUUUGCUCAUCAGUCUUAACAUUUGCUUUAUUCAAAAUAAUAGUACAAUAGUAAUAUUCUGUCGUAUUAGCCAGAGAUGAUCUGAACAUUAAAAAGUAGGGCUCUCUGUUUAAAGAUGGCAAAAAACCCACCGUACUGGUAGUUUUAUUUCUUUUGGGAAAUGUAGCAAGCAUAAAUCAACACUUAAUACAAGUUUCAUUCCCAGUGGAGGAAAAAGUUGCAAAGUGCUCUAUAAAUACUGUUGACUUGACUUGACUUUCUGAUAUGAGCUGAGCCAUGUGUUUUCAUGUGUCUGUUUUCUGAUUGUACAGAUUUUUUUUUUCUGAAUAAACUUGCUUGGGGUACAGUGGAAUUAUUUCAACCGAGUGCAGAACAGUCAUGUUCCAUGGUGGGAUUGACUCUGUACUGCAUUCAUUGUGUAAAAUCCAUUAUUUGACGCAUUCAUUAUAUAUUGAAGGAUUCAUUGCAGAAUUUUAUUUUCCUUUUAAUUUACUUUGUUAUUGUCAUUAUUACUGUUAUUUCCAAAGGAUAUAUAUUACUUGCAAUCUUCCUCUCGACUUUUGUACAAUGUGUCCUCUCUCAGGGUCUGUUUUCAAUCAGAUUUCAAAAGCAUUUCUUGGACUUCA